CAUCGAAGGAAAUGAAAGGAAUCAAUUAUGGAAGACUAAAAAGUUCAACUGAGAAAAAGAAGAAAAAAUCUAUCAAAGGAAUGCCCCCAAUGCAAAUAGACAAUCGAGAGUUGGUUGUUCAAGCAACACGUAGUGAAACUCAUUUUCCAAAUUAUUUGAGUAAUCAAAAUCAGUUUCAAAGUAUCAUUUAUCCCAGCAACAUUGGUGGUCCUACCAUGAAUUUUCAUAAUCAGAUGCAGCAACCACCAUACAUCAUGCCAUCGGGAUUAUGAACGGAUUUUGCCAAUUUCCUAAUCAGACACAAUCAUCAUAUAUCAUGCCGCCAAGCAAUUUCAAUGGAUUUUCUCCAUUCACUACUCAGAUGUUGGAGUACAAUAAUAGAUCUCAUGGAACAAUUCUAAGUCAGGGGUCAUCAAACUCUUUUCAACAUCUUGGGAUGAAUGAACCGGAGGCCCCUGUGAAAGCACAGAUAAUGCACGGUCGCAACAUAAAUAGCCUAGAGGAACCGUCAUAUAGUAUAGUGCUUGUGCUGUUUACAAGUCUAGCAAAAAGGCAGCUAAUAGGCCUUGCAGUGAGUAGUAAGCAUACUUAUAUGUUCUCUGCUGGUGAUGACAAACGAGUUAAAUGCUGGGAUCUUGACCAGAAUAAGGUUAUCCGGUCUUCUCAUGGUCUCUGUACUUCCAGAUCAGAAUCAUGAAAGCGUCGUGCUUCAAACCAAGCCUUCACCUAGGAAGCUCAUCAUUGCCAAGUCACUUGUAAAUAAGCCUUGAUUGAUGUUUUACAAUGGAAAUUACUGUACUGGAUGUUACAAAAUUGCUUACGGGUAUUACCCCAAGUGAACUCAAUUACAGCCAUGCUUAUUAAGUAUUGCCAUGUU